AUGACGUACCCCAACACCAGCUCACUGACAGCCAACUUCAGCGGGGCGUUGGAGGACCAUGACUCCGGGGGGAACAUCUACCGGCCCUUCUCAGUUUUCAGCGUGCUCACUCUCACUCUGCUGGCGAUGCUGGUGGUGGCCACGUUUGUGUGGAACCUGCUGGUGCUGGUGACCAUCCUGCGGGUGAGGACGUUCCACCGGGUGCCCCACAACCUGGUGGCUUCCAUGGCCAUCUCGGACGUGAUGGUGGCCGGCCUGGUGAUGCCGCUCAGCCUCGUGCACGAGCUGAACGGCCGGCUGUGGAAGCUGGGCCGCGUGCUGUGCCAGGUGUGGAUCUCCUUCGACGUGCUCUGCUGCACGGCCAGCAUCUGGAACGUGACGGCCAUCGCCCUGGACCGCUACUGGUCCAUCACGAGGCACCUGGAGUACACGCUCAAGACGCGCAAAAAGAUCUCCAACGUGAUGAUCGCGCUCACGUGGCUGCUGUCCUCCAUCAUCUCCUUGUCGCCGCUCUUCGGCUGGGGGGAGACGUACUCAGAGGGGAUGAAGUGCCAGGUGAGCCAGGAGCCGUCCUACACCAUCUUCUCCACCUUUGGCGCCUUUUACCUCCCGCUUUGCGUGGUUCUCUUUGUUUAUUGGAAGAUCUACAAGGCUGCCAAGUUUCGGAUUGGUUCCCGCAAGACGAACACAAUCACACCCAUGGCUGAGGUGAUCCAGGUGAAGGAGGAGACGCAGCAGCCCCAGAUGGUGUUUACCGUGCGGCACGCCACCGUGACCUUCCAGACGGACGGGGACACGUGGCGCGAGCAGAAGGAGAAAAAGGCGGCGCUCAUGGUGGGCAUUUUGAUUGGCGUCUUUGUACUUUGCUGGAUUCCUUUCUUCAUCACCGAGCUCAUCGUCCCGCUGUGCUCCUGCGACAUCCCGCCCAUCUGGAAGAGCAUCUUCCUGUGGCUGGGCUACUCCAACUCCUUCUUUAACCCGCUCAUAUACACCGCCUUUAACAAGAACUACAACAACGCCCUGAGGAACCUCUUCUCCCGGCAGCGCUGA